AUGGGUGGCGUGUGGUACAGGUACUUCUCGAGUGGAGGCAACUGUGGUUCUACAGUAGAACAGAAAACAAUUGCUGGUGCUAUCAAGGGAGUCAUUGAUUCAGUUGAGCCUAACUGGUUUUCUGACAUCUAUUGUAUCACCAUGUGUCGCGGUGAUACAUGGCAUGGAACUUUGUUAAUUGGUCCAGAUCCUUCUGCUAUGACUGCAACAUGCAGUGGGGCACACAAAGGUAACUAUGAAAUGGAUCUCGAAAAGCUCACUGCUCCAUGGAGCCGCAACAACCAAGACAGUAACUACUAA